AAGUCCUAAAAAAAGCACUCCCUACCCUUCCCAUUUGUUUCCCCCCAAAGACCCUACUGCAAACAGUACUCACACACACACCCUCCCUUCAGUUGAGUUGAGUCCUUCACUUCAACCCCUCUCUCUCUCUCACUUAAACACUCGCCACUACUCUCUCUUUCUCUAUCUCCAUCUCAUAAAUUGUAGUACAUGGUCCCAUUUACCCUUCCUUACCGGAAUCGGAAUCCAUGAACGGCGGAACCACCCUCACCUCCGUCCGAUCCAUCCUCGACAAACCCCUUAACCAGCUCACCGAAGAUGACAUUUCUCAACUCACUCGUGAAGACUGUCGCAGAUUCCUCAAAGAUAAAGGGAUGCGCAGGCCUUCCUGGAACAAAUCUCAGGCGAUCCAGCAAGUCAUUUCUCUCAAAGCACUUCUAGAACCUACCGCCGAUGAUCUCCCUGCUCCCGUCGGCGUCUCCUCCGCCAUUCACCACCAUCAUCACCACCACCCUCAACCUCCUCAGAGGAAUUUGAAUGAAGCUCCGGCGAAGGGUGCCGAUCCCGAUGAUACCGGUUUUCAUGCUGUGGAGGAUCUUAAGAAAUCCACCACUUCAACUGCUGCGGAAAAAGCUACUGAAACGAAUGAUGCCAAUGUUGUUAAACUCUCCGGGGGGUGCGCAGCUAGUGGGUCAUUUGGGCAAAUGACAAUUUUCUACUGUGGUAAAGUGAAUGUCUAUGAUGGAGUCUCACCGGAUAAGGCACAAUCAAUCAUGCAGCUUGCUGCAUGUCCAUCCUCGUUUCCUCAGGAUAAUCUUUUAAAUAAAAAUGCAGCAGUUUGGGCUUCUCCUUGCAACAUACCGAUUGAUAAGGAUGUCCUCUUUCCCAAUGACACAGCAAUCCUUCAGGUUGCUCAAACAGAUAAGAUGGUGGAAUAUCCUCUGCAAUACAGGGAGAAAGGGAUCGUAGCUCGUGAUGCUGAUGUAGAGGGUCAGGCAAGCAGAUUAGUGUCGCUGCAGCGAUAUCGUGAAAAGCGAAAGGACAGGGGAAGAUCCAAGGGCAACAAACUGACUGGCAUAACUUCAUCUAACUUUGAGAUGUAUUUGAACCUUCCAGCGAAGCUCCAUGCCUCAAAUGGUAAUUCAAGUCGUAGUAGCACUGACUCUCCACCACAGCCUAGACUGCCUCUAGUUUCCGGUGGCUCAGCUGAAAACCAGCCAAAAGUUACCCUUCCCAUUGAUUUGAAUGAUAAAGAUGUUCAAGAAUGCUAAAACUCAAGACUAGAUAGAUUGUGCAGAUUUGGAACUCGUAGAUGAUUGAAGAGAGCCAAGCCAUGGAUGUAUGACUGAAGAGAAAAUACCAUAUAGCUUCUGGGAACCUAUAAAAAAAACAUUGGGCCUAGAAUAGAGUGGUCAAUUUUUAGUAGCUUUAACUGCUGGGAAAAUUUAUUAUGUUUAGGAUAGUCUAGUGUCGCGCUGACCUGAUCAAUUUUGUAAUAACAAUCUUGUAGUUUCAUUUCAUCGUUCGGGAAUUUCUUGUUUCCGUAACUUGAGGUUUUCUGAGUUAGUAAAUUUAGCGUCAGGAGCAGCCAUUUUCCCAUGAAUGUGAUAUGUAUUGUAAAUUCAUCAUGCCGCUGCCUCUUGUUAAUUGUUAAUAGCUUUUGUGCAACCUAAACUGGACUGUUUUCUCUUGUUUUUAUUACUA